UCCAUGGGACAAUCUCUAGGGCUUUUUUGUUGAGCAGAUACUGGAAACCUAUUUCUCCUAAUUCUUGGUUCUCAGAACCGUAAUCUAGACUUGUAGACAGACUUCCAUAUUCCCUGCUCGCCCUAGGCAGUCGCCAAUCUGCUGGGCAAUCGACCAAAGGCUAAUCGUAGGAUCUAUUUUCUUUCGCAUAUUAUUAGCAUCCUUCACGCCGCAUUUCAUGAGUAACGGGUAGCCGAUAGCUGAACGAGUCGUCGAAGCUUAGAGCCAGCACACCUAGCACUCGCGCAUCGCGCUCGUGAUGAGCGCAGCGGCGAUGGCGGCGGGGCAGCCGCAGUUCCGGUACUCGCAGCCGCCGUCCAAGGUGCUGCACGUGCGCAACCUGCCGUGGGAGGCGACGGAGGAGGAACUCGCGGAGCUUUGUAACCCGUUCGGCCGCGUCGUCAACACCAAGACCAACGUCGGCGCCAAUCGCAACCAGGCGUUCGUUGAGUUCGCUGAUCUAAACCAAGCAAUUGCGAUGGUAUCCUACUACGCGUCGUCCUCGGAGCCCGCUCAGGUGCGCGGCAAGGCGGUGUACCUGCAGUACUCCACGCGGCAGGAGAUCACCACCUCCACCAAGACGGGCGACUCCACGGGGAAUGUCCUGCUCGUGACUAUAGAGGGGGUUGAGGCUGGCGACGUGACUAUAGACGUGCUUCACCUGGCCUGUCCUCCUCUGAUUCAAGCGAACGGCUCAGAUCUUCCCUCGCAUGAGCGAUGCGAAUCCGCUCAAGAUCCGUUCUGAUUUCACCGUGUUCUCAGCGUUUGGGUUUGUGCAGAAGAUUGCGACAUUCGAGAAGAGCGCAGGCUUCCAGGCGUUGGUGCAAUACGCUGACCCCGAGACUGCCAACAGCGCCAAGACUUCUCUGGACGGCAGGAGCAUUCCCAGCUACCUGCUGCCAGAGCACGUGCAGGCGUGCAGUCUGCGCAUCUCCUUCUCAGCACACACGGACCUCAACGUCAAGUUCCAGAGCCACCGCAGCCGCGACUACACCAACCCCUACCUGCCCGUCUCCUCCUCCGCCACCGAUGCUGCGGUUCAGCUGACCCCAGGGCCUGUGGCAGCAGUGAAGGGCGAGGCAGGCAGCAACGUGCUGCUGGCGUCGAUAGAGAACAUGCAGUACCCGGUCACCAUCGACGUGCUGCACACGGUAUUCUCUGCCUACGGCUCGGUGCAGAAGAUCGCCAUCUUUGAGAAGAGUGCUGGAUUCCAGGCGCUGGUCCAGUUCCCAGAUGCGGCAGCAGCCACAGCGGCCAAGGACGCGCUGGAGGGGCACUGCAUCUACGAGGGGGGCUACUGCAAGCUGAGGAUCUCAUACUCGCGCCACACCGACCUCAACGUCAAGGCGAACAACGACCGCAGCAGAGACUACACUCGCCCCGACCUCCCCACAGUCGCUCCCAUCCCUCCUCCCACCACUGCCACCACCACAGCGGGUAUCCUAUCUCCUGGCGCCACCACCACCCCCCUCACCACUUCAUCUCCCCCCAUCCUCUCCUCCUCCCCCUACACUCCCCCGGCCCCUCUUGCCCCCUCAACUGCCCCUCCUGUCCUCCCCACCCCCACUGCCCCUGCUCCCUUCUACCCCUCCUCUUCCCCUGCCGCCCCUCCCUCCUCUGCGCCGCCCAUUCUCGGCCACCAGGGGCGCCCAGCAGCCUUUCCUGCCCCCCUCCCAGAGGCCCGCCUCCCCACGGUCCCCCUCCCCAUGGGCCCCCGCCCUAUGGGUCCCCUCAGGGCCCCCCUUUCCGCGGCCCUCCUCCUCCCAGCCCUUACCCCCCCGGACCUCCUGGUGGUCCGCCUCACGGACCUGGAGGUCCAGGGCCUGCCGGCCCUCCAUACGGACCUCCCAGGCCCGGUGGUCCACCUCCAGGCCCGUUUUACCCUCCACCUGGCGGACCUCCCCCUGGUGGGCCUCACCCAUAUGGCCCUCCCCCAUAUGGCCCUCCCCGUGGUGCCCCUCCCCCCAUGCCUGGGCGGGGUCCCCCCCCCCCUUUGAUGGGAGGUCCCCCUCCCCCUGAUGCUGGAAUGAUGCCUCCCCCAGGUGGGCCUCCCCCUGGCCCUCUCCCCCCUGGACGCCCUCCCCCACAUCUUUUCCCCCCAGGUGCUGGCCCCCUCCACCAGGCAUGGGGGAGGCCCCCCUCCCCCUGGAAUGCCCCCUCCCCCUUACAUGGGAGGGGGACCUCCCUCUGGUCCCCCAGGUAUGCCUCCCCCUCCUGGGUAUCCGGGAGGUCCCCCUCCCCCAGGUAUGGGCCCCCCUGGUGGCCCUCCAGGAAUGCCUCCCCCACCUGGAUAUGGCAGCCUCCCCCUAGAUUUGGUUCCCCCCAUGGGCCAGGAGGCCCACCGCCUCCUGGGUAUAGAUAUUAGAGAUGGAACUGACCUUCCUCUAGUAGCGGUGUUUAUGUGCCUGCACAGCCUGCUUUGGGAUAUUGAAGUAUGCUUGAGGGCAGGGUGUUGGCGUUGAAUGCUCAAAGCAUUUAGAAUGGUUUGCCUAGUUAAAACCCCUGGCCCGAAUUGCAAGGCACAGCCUUGAAACGCAGUGCGUUUGAAAGUUGCGUUUUUGGGGGUGUAUUGGGGGGUAACGAGACUCUCUGCACUCAGGGGUGCCUUUCAAGUUCAGUGCGUAAGGUAGGUAAUUUGGAACACCAGUCGCCUAGCGUUUUUCAACCGUCCAGUUUUUCCAAUUUUUCAUCUGACACCGCGUAAGCCAAGCACUUCCCC